AAAAAAAACAAGAAAAAGAAAAAAAGGGGUUCGACGAAAUUGGCCAAUUUCAAGGGUCAGAACUCAAAAUCCGUCACCCGCCUUGCCUCGCCUCUUCUCGAAAAGUUUACGAGCUAUUAUGGGGUUUUGAAUCAUUUCAAGCUGAAACUUCCAAUUGCAGGGGCUACGUUUUUUACCUUAAUCGAAGGAAUUCCAGAGGAUUCGCUCGAGUCGUCAGAUUUUAAGUUCCAUUGUUGCAGCAGCGCCAUGUCAGUGGCGAGUGCAGACAAUCACCGCCCCUCCGCUGCUCUUCAUGUUCGAGAAAUCCUGAAUUCAUGCUCCAAAUUGAUCAUAGCUGGAGAUCCACACCAGUCUGAAAACUCGAUCUCGGAGCUUGUUAACUUCCUCGAGGCAAUCUCAGAUGCCGCUUUAUUAGAUCCUGACAACGAGGAUGCAAAAUACAAUGCAUUCGAAGUUCUUUCCGAAGUUUAUGCAUAUCUGUGUUCUCCUUCACUGGACCAGGAAGUUAUCGAUUCGUUGUCAUUUGAGUUGCCAAAGGCAGUGUCCAAGUUUGCGAGUGUGUCGAAUGGAUGUUUGGAGAUUGCUGAGAGUGUUAUCAAUCAAUUAAUAACAAUGUGUAGCCCGCGGGAUAUGCUUUCAAUUCUUUGCGAGGCAUUAGCUAAGAUCGUCAGGACUUCUGCUUAUUUUACCCCUCUCCUAAGUGGUCUUUCAAAAGUAAUUCUUUCCAUUCGGAGGCAUCACUAUGAGCAAGUAAAAGUAGCAGUGCCUGUUAUUGUUAAUGUUUUAAAGGUUGUGACCUCAGAGACUGAUGAUGGGGAUACAGAAAUUGAGGGUUUGUUUGACAGAGUUGUAGGCAUUGCCAGUUCUAUACAUACAGUUUGCUCAAAGUUGGAGGGCAGAUCAAAUGAAAAACUUUGUGCUCUACUUGGUCUAUUUGUCUUGGAAAUCAUGGCUCUUGUUUCCAUCAGCUUGAAUCACAACAAAGUAAGCUGUCAGCACUUGGUGUCACUGUUGUCACGCCUCUUUCCCUACUGUGGUCUAUCAUACCUUGGUUUAAUAACUGGGAAUGAUGUUGAUAAAAUGACUAGCAUUGUUAUAGGAGGUGCGGAAGAUGAAGAUGAUUAUAUGAGUUGUUUAUCUGAUGUCAAACUCGGCGCAUCUCUUUCAGUUAUUUGGGGCCAUAUCUCAGAUGAAGUUGCUCAGGCUGCUGAGGAGGACUUGGCUACUGUCAAGGAUGAACUUCGAAGUAGCCAGUUAAGAAGGUGGCAAACAGUUGGCAUGUUAAAGCACAUAUACUCUUUUGUCAGUCUGCCAUCGGAUCUAAAGAAACAUGCCAUCGACUUCUUGCUUUGCAUCACUGAUGGAAAUGUAUCCCAGAACGUUGAUGAUGAAUAUAUUGACUUGGCAUUGUAUAUGCCUAGUCUUUUUACUGCUUUGCAGGCUAUUAAAAUGGUAAUCAUAUAUGCACCAAAUACAGUGUUAAGGAAGCUUGCCUUUGAUGCAUUUAAGAGGGUACUUGCAGAUAUUCCAACUUCUCAUAGGUUUGAAAUUUUAAAAGCUUUGAUUACAAAUACCGACUCUUCCUCCAUGAUUGCAAUUCUUUUGGAUCUUGUUAAAGGGGAAAUGCAUGCAGAGAGUUGCAAAAGAAUAUCAACAAUAAAUGAUGAAGUUCAGCAAACGGAAAAUAAAGAAUGUUGGAGACCUUUGCUGUGGAAUGCUAGUGUCCUUGAACUAGUGGAAUUAGUAUUGAGGCCACCCAAGGGAGGCCCUCCACCCCUUCCUGAGCAAGGGGAUGCGGUGCUGUCUGCCCUGAACUUGUACAGAUUUGUGUUAAUAACAGAGUCGACAGGAAAAACCAACUAUAGUGAAGUGCUGUCCCAGAAUAAUUUACACAAGGCAUACCACGAAUGGUUUCUACCUCUUCGAACCCUGGUGACAGGCUUAAUGACAGAGAACAGGAAUGAUUCUGAUCAACUUGCUGUUGACACAGUCUGUCAACUAAACCCGAUCGAGAUGGUUUUGUACCGGUGUAUAGAGCUUGUCGAAGAAAAUCUGAAACCAUCUACAUAAACUGUCGCUUGUGGGUGAGUCCAACAGCGUGUUACCAGAAAAGAAUGACACGAUUUAAGAAUCGAGAAAACGGGUUGGUUUACCCUCAACAAAUUUCCAGAGAAAGAACUUUCUGCAUUUGAGGAUAUUGAUAUCCCUCUCCCGAAAUUUUCGACUUUUUUCUCAUUUCAAGAAAGAGAGAAUGGAACAGUUGAAUCCUACCAUCAGCAACUUUCUCUGAAGUUUUUUUUUUUUUUUUUUAUAGGUAACUUCCACUGAAGUUUUUAUACAGUCCAUCUACACGAGGUUCUGUGCUUGGCCAUGACAGUGUAACAGAAUUUGAUAGCCUGAUGGAACCAGGUCCUUUGGUGAGGAGAAGAAAAGCCGUCAACAUGAGGUCCUCAGCUCAUCCCAUAUAAUGUCUCAGUACUUGAAUCUUCCUCGGAUGGCAUCAUAUUUAGAUCAGGCAGCAAGAAAUCGCCAUCCCUUGCCGGGGCAGCAGCCUUCCCUACCUCACAAGGUUCUGAUUGCAGGUUAUCGUCACUUGUGGUGUUUGCCGGUAAGCUCAAAGAAGUAUGGUCAGGAGCGGGGGCUAUUCUCUGGUAGGCUUCUUUAUGAACAGUUUUCUCAAGUCCAUCACAAGUUGCAUUGAGAUCUUUUGCUGAAUGCAAGACCGAAUCAAGCUGCAAAACAUAAAGAUGUUCUUUUCAGAAGAGUUGAACAAAGAAAGAACCGCAAGAUUACUGGAAGGAGCUCGGUGCAAUAUGUAGACUCCAUUAGUGAUAUUGCUGUAUAAUACUGGUUGGCAAAUUUGUAUAGUGAUUACAUCUUUAGAUACAAUCAAAGGACAAGAUUAAAAUAUAAUACUCGGGUCACCUUUAUUCUC